AAAAAAUCGUCAGCGUCACAUCGUUUCGUCGUUGUCACAUAAUCGAAGAGCCUCGUCUCGUCGCGGUGGCCGCCGCCACGGAGAACAGCUGAUGGUGGGUCCUUCAGCUUCAGGGCCGGGUCAACAGAAAGGCGGCAGUACAACUUCAGCGAGCAGCGUGUCUGUGACUGGCAAUGUUGCACAACCGCAGCACGGGAAUAAUAUUAAAGGCGGGUCCACGACGCUGGGCGCGACCUCCGCCCAGCCAAUGAUGAUCCGUACAUCAGUCGGUGGUCCACCCCACGGCCAGCCGCAAGCCGCGUACCAAGUCCUGUCGCAAAACGGAGGUGCCCCCGGCGUGCCGUACAUUGUUGCGCACCCAAUGCAGGGGAUCACCUCCGGCGGGGUCUAUUACGGUGGCAUUCCGGCAAACCUCGUGCCUAUGCAGCAUCUCCCUAACCAACAUCUUGUUCCCGGGGCGAACCCCGCCGCAGUCUACCAACAGCAGGCCGCUGCCGCGGCUAGUACCAGGAUGCAGUACGUUGUUCCUGCGGGCGGGGGUGGAGCUGCUUAUCCGAUUCUCGUGAAUCCCCAACAACAUCAUUACGCAGCUGCCAUGGUGCAGCAGCACCAGCACGGACAAGCCGCACUGGCGCAUAACCCAGGAGCCGCUUUGUAUCACCACCAGCAGAUCCCGCCGGGUGCUGUCGUGCCGGUCCUGGCCGCGAUCAACUCGUCCAAGCAGACGGCAAGCAGGGGCGGCUCAAAACAGGCAGUGCCCGUUCUGGUCGCCGCACCGGCUCAACAACUACAUCAACCUGUAGUUGUUCCUACUGCUGCUGGUGUUGUUGCACCAAAGAAGAGCACGCCAAUGAAUCCCAAGGCGGCAGCCUUUCAUCCGUCCAGCGAAGGGGCGGCACUCUUGUCCUCGGCUACUGCAGGAGGUGCGGCUACUUGUUCCUCCGCAAAGGACGAAAUAAGAACCUCAGGAUCUUCGAAGGAUGCUGCAGCAGCAACAAAUCCCACACAAGAUGAUCUUCGAAAAGGCAGUGCAGCGGGUGAUCAAGAAAGGGUUCGUGCAGGAGCUGCAGGAGAAGAAGAUGCUUUACUUGUUCCCGAUGCGGAGGAUGUGAAAAAUGCGAACAAUGACGUGAGUUGUGUCACAAACCUCAAGACGCAUGAUCAAAUCUCCAGCAAGCAGACGUCGAGCCCAAGUAACAAAUUACCUGAGGGCGGUACUACUAGAACUACCGGCGAGCAGGAGAGCGUCGUUGACGGAAGCACAACUCAAGCCGACAAGAACGGUACGGCAGUUGGUGGAAAUAAAGAGGUCGUGAACGAUCAGGCUCCAACCGGAAAAGUAAACAGUAAAACGACAGCGGCUGCUGGACUUGGAGCUGCAACGUCCUCUGCCGGGGCGAACAAGAAGUCCUCUACUUCUACUUCAAGAACUACGGGCCCCUCCAUCUACCACCGCGUCUUGGGAACAACCGUAGGACUCCCAGCUGUAGUUCCGGAGCAGUCGGGAGCUGCCCGUCCUCCGGUGGCCAUUGUGCAGCACCCCGCUGCGGCGCAGUAUCAUGCCGCGUUCCCUCCCGGUCCCGGGGGCGGAAAUUGGUACGCCAUGAAUCCCUAUUACGCAGCGGGAAUCGCGAAUCCCGCGGCGCAGCAACACAUCCAGCAGCAUCUGCAGCAACACGCGGCCGCCGUUCGGCACUACCAUCAACAGCAGCACAACAUGACCUCCGGGAAUAAUGUUGUGACAGGCAGCACAACAGGCGUUGCAAGCGCAAGUGCUGGUGCAUCUGGAGCGGCUGUGGGGAGUUCUACUUCAGGGGGACAUUCACAACAACUCCACCAUCACGGGGGAAAUCAUACUGUAAACACAGGAGGACCACCAGGAGCCGCAGCUGGAGGCAGAUCCUCGACAUCGUCGUACCAGAAUCAGAACGUCGACGGUACAACCUCCCACAAGAACCACCAAGGAAGUUCGUCGUCCAAUAACCGCAAAAACAAUCAGCAGCCGUACCACACGGUGACAGCGUCGGCGACGUCUCUUGCCGCCUCUGGACUGACCGGCAGGAAUGGGCACGACCUGGACGUCCUCGGGCCGGUGGAUUUGGAGGACCUGUACUUGUUCGACGCGUUGGAUCCGGAUUUAGACUUGACCGAGUUCCCGGACGCGGCGGUUGCCGUGAUCGAGAACUUCCGUGCCGAAAAGGACAUGGAAAACGUAAACAUCGCACCCUGGUUGGUCGGCAGCGUUACGGUGUCCUCGCGGGGCGGGUCGUGCAAGAGCAGCCCGGUGCAGCAAGUGCUUUCCCCCGAUGCGAUGGCUGCGGCUGCGGCUGAUGGGAAAAGGAAAAUAGUAAAGGCGGCUGACGAGGAGAGGACUACUAGAACCGAGGGACAGGAAGUAGGUGCGGUUGAAGAUCAUGAUUCCUCUGCGUCAGUCACCGUGGAUUCUCCGGUGAUUUCUAGUCGGGAGAUGAUGAAACCCGUACAAAUGGAGGGGAACACUACUUUGACGACUCUGGAGGAGGAGAACACGACGGCCUCCUGUUCCGCUUCGUGCAGUGGGGCGGCGUCAGACAGCAUGGUGGAGCAGCUCGUCACGGUACAGCAACCUGGGGGUGGUGUUUCUACCUCAUCUGAAGGAUCAAAAGCUAUCACAACUUCUACAAGUACAUUUCCCACCAGUGCUGCGUUCCCGUUCACAAAGAUGGGUGACGAAAUUAUCCAGGUAGAACAGCCAGAGGUGACAACUUUGGAGGAGUUCCUGGGCGAGGCCGUGUCACCGUACGUUGACCCGAAAUCGGCGUCACGGGCGACAAAUUUGGUCGAGCCAACAUCCACUGGCAACAAGAAGAAAGAAACAACCGCUGACGUCGAAAAAUCUACGCAGGAGAACGAGGAUAAAAAUCAAAAUGUUGGGGACCCUGUCGUCGAGAAACCUCCAGCCUCGCUGGAGAUGAAACAAGAAGAUCCAGUGGAAAUAAAAUCGCAGGGUGAUAAAAAUGCAGACUCAAACAUUGAACCAGUACCACAAGAACAGCAGCAGCAGCCGGCACUCUCCCCGGCGGCAGGCCGGACCUGUUGCCCAGAUAAACCAGCUCACGGCUCGUCCCAAGGAGGACGGGCCGACAGAGCUCUGCUACGGAAAGUGUACGAGUGGUUUCAGAAGCACGAGAUCUUCGGGUUUGACAUGGAGUGGCGGCCGGAGCCGAACAACGGGAGUCUGAAGCACCACCACGGCGUGGCGUUGAUGCAGUUCGCGGCGGACGACGGCAAGCAGGUGCUGGUGCGCACGACGAAAACGAGCGCGUGCGGCGCCGAGCUCGGCGAGGUGCGGGCCCGGAAGCGGCUCCCGCCCUUUUUGGAGAAGAAGUUCGCGGUGAGCAAGUGCAUCUUCCCCGUGGUGGGCGACUGCGACAAACCGCGCCUGGAAGCGAGCUUCCGCGUCAAGGUCGGCAACAUGCCGGACCUGCGCCACAUCUUCACGCAGGAGACGGGCCGGAGGCGGGGCCGCAGCCUGGAGCAGAUGGCGCAGUACUACUUCGGGAACGACGUGCUGAAGGGUUACAAGGACAAAAAAAUCCAGAUCUCCGAUAUGCGGCGUUCAGAUGUGAAAAUCUCAACUGAUGUUAUUUUUUCACAAAUAAAAGCUGCGGAGGCUUGCGCUUGUCUUUGUCACGUGAAAGUCGCCCUAGUAUUUUUCAAGCCAGCGAGCCUAUCCCCAGUGCAAUGCGCAUGACAACAAGUCCGGGAGCUCCAAAGAACAUCUCACUAGAGUAUGAACUGAAGCUGUAUUGCGAAAAGCGUGGAGCUCUCUAUGUUUGUGUUUCUCAUGUCUGAAUUCCAUGGGAGACAAUAAGAAUAAAGUCCUAGUCCUACGUCCAAAUUUAUCUAUCAUAGUGAAAAGAACACCAGUUGACAUUGCAACGCCUGACCGGUUUAUACCCGACUGGUCCGCCGAGGAACCGCUGUCGGCGCACCAGAUUCGUUACGCGGCAAAGGACGCGGAAAUGGCCCUUCGGCUGUUCCGACACAUGAAUUACCGGCUCGCAGUCAAGGAGGAGCGGCAGAACCAUGGGACAAAUAGUCAAGGGCAGCACCAGGGAGCAUUGUCAACGUCCUCUGCUGGGAACAACCAUGCCAACAACCACAGCUACGGAACCAGCAGCGGACAUUACAAUUCUUCUGGCUACAACCACUACGGGGGUCAACACUACCACCAAUCUUCUUGGGGAGGACAACAGCAGCUCCCCCGAAACUCGCACCCGGGAGCACAACACGAGCAAGGAAGUAGUGCGGAGACCGCUGGUGCGACGCCGAUCGGGGGCACGACUUCUUCUCACGGAGGAGCGAGCACGAGUGGCAAUCCAAAUGCAGCAACGACAUCUGCAGCAACACCCGGUGCCGAGACUGGGAAGGGCGGUAUCAAGGCCGUGAUUUCCUUUUCAGUUUUUGUCGUUUAGAAGUGGUUGUGUAAAAUCGAUUUACGUGUCCUUUUUCAUGUGCUAUGUAUAAUUAAUCGACAAAAUCACUAUCACAGGCCACGCCGGGCAUCCGUACCACGGUAGUUCUGGGAAGCCCCGACGGCCAUCGCAAGACCAGUCGUGGGACGAGUAUGGAAGUUACAAAAGCAAGUACACUUCUUCUACUGCCUCCCGCCGCAAGCCCGCCGCUGAAACUCUGAAGGCGGAAAAAAGCGGCAAAGCCGCACCAGGCGCUGGGGGACGACAAUUUCAGUGAGAUGUAAUUUAUUCAGUGAGGUCUAGAUCUUCGUAAACGAUGGAGUGCAGUUGAAGGAUUUUAUUUCUCAGUGUGCAACCUUUAAGUUGAAGAACCCAGUUGUUUGUGCAGUUGCUGACCACGACGUUUUUAAAACCGUUCGCGUAAAUAUGUUAUGACGUUGUGCUAGCUACAGCUACACACCUUUACAAUUCAAGCGUCAGCUUUAACCGGUGAGCGCGGACCCGCAGCAAUGUGCAUUUUUUAUUGCACUCCUGGAUCGGAAAUAGUCACUAGCGCUCUUGCCGCCGCUGCAUACAAGUAGGACUCGCACCUAAAUCAUGUUGUCGCCAUUUGCGUAGUACUCUUGUAUGCGGUGCGUGGCUACAUCAGUCGAUGUGUCUUCUGCUCUGCGCUUUUUUUCUGCGGCUUUUGUGGAAAUUAGACGCUGUGUACUGACUACAUGCCCGAAGAACGAUGGCAAAAAGGCUGACAGUUUAUUGGUAUUGGUAAAUCUAAAUACCAAAUACAGGUACUCGGUUUUUCUUCAAUUUUUACUUGCGCUGGUCAGAUGUCUAUUUGCAUUUCAAUUCUUUCCUCUACUUGUAUUUCUUUUUUUUUAGAGAAAAGCCAGUAGCUCGUGCAGGAUGAACGCAGCCUGUCACGCGCACUGCUCCUGCAAAAAUCUCUAGAGCUUUUGAAAAUUCUGCAUUUCUAUUGCAAAACCACAACUAGUAGAACUACACCUAGUGGUCUACUAGGAUUCGCUGCUGCAGCAUCAGCUCUGCGCGCUGUCAAAGGACGGCGUUGUAGUGACUGGCCUAAUUCUGAGCUUAAAUCGCACUUACAAUGAAUUCAAUUUCAUUUAAUUCUGGUCCUUUAUGUGAGCCACGACCGGUUGAUUGAUUUUCGUGCAAGGGUUUUUGUGAUUUAAUUUUUAGCAAAAAAAGUUAUUGCGCCCUGCUUGCGGCCAGUGCUGUUGCUUAUGAAUUACCAAACUCCAGUUGAAGUGAGUUACUUACUUAUGUCGAGCCGGAAGAUUCAUUUUCAUUUUUUGGCUCGACAACCGCCUACCGUACUAGUUUUGCCUGUGCAACCUGCUAGUACGAUAAAUAUGAUAUUUUUUGGGUACAACUUCACUUGACACGACGUGUGAGUACAUGACGAACAAGAGCUACAAAAUAUUCUCCAUCGGAACCUAAAAC